AUGGCGGAGGGUAGUUAUACGCUGCGGCGGGGGGAGCAGGUGGAGCUUGGGGAGAUGCUGGAUAUGUGGCGUAGGCUUGGAUACCGAUUCGAGUCGGCGGUGUACGGGCCGGGUGUGGUGAGCAGGCGCGGGGGGAUCAUCGACAUAUUCCCGGUGGGGGCGGAUCUGCCUGCACGGAUCGAGUUCUGGGGCAAUGAGAUUGACAGCAUACGGCUGUUCGAUCCUGCUACGCAGCGGUCGGGGGAUGUGGUGGACUCGGUGCAGGUUACGCCCGCGCACGAGAUUCUGCCGGCGAUGACGCCUUACGGGGAGCUGGAGCGGCUGGCCGCGUUUGUGGAUGUGGGCAACUGCACGCCGAGGGUGCAAUCACGCAUCGGCGAGGAGCUUGAGCUGCUGAUGGAGGGGCAGGAUGUGGAGGAGCAGGGGUUUUAUGCGGGGUUCUUCAAUUCGGGCGGGCUUGCGGAUUAUUUCGUGAACAGUGGCGCGGUGCUGGUGGCGUACAAGCCGGACGAGAUAGCGGAUGCGGCGUGGGAGAUUCAGGAGCGUGGGCAUCAACUGCGCGAGACGAAGGAAGGGCGUGGGGAGCUGCCGCGCAAUUUUCCUUCAUCGCACCUGUCCUGGAAAGAGGUGGAGGCGCAGUUCGAGGGGUUUUCGCAGAGGGUGGAUGUGCAGGUGGAUACGCCGUUGGUGUCGCCGUGGGAGGAUGAGGACGCCCUCACCGUCACGCCCUCCCAGGGGGAGAGGGGACAUAGUGAAGGGGUUGAUGUGGCGCUGCCGUUUCUUGCUACCGGGAAUUAUUACGGCAAUCUGGAGCGGUUUGUGGAGGAUGUGUGGGAGCUGGCGGAAGAGGACCGGGCGAUGGUGGUUGCGGUGAGCAGCCACUCGCGGCGACUGGCGGAGAUUUUCGGGGGCGAGGGUGUUGAUGUUGCGCUGGCUGACGGGCUGGAUGAUGUUCCGGCUGCGGGGAGCAUAACGCUGAUGCAGUCGGCGGCGGGCGGACUGAGCGACGGGUUCUCGCUGCCGGUUUAA